AUGAUAGGGUGCCUCAACCUCGUGCCUAUGGUUGCACCAGCUUGUCUGUUGGUUGAUCCUGCAUGUGUUGCAGUUGGUAUUGCUAGUUCAUCUCGUCUGAAUCCUGAUUUUGCAGUUGAGUAUGGACCGGAUCAAGUUGAAAAUGCGAUGCGAGAGGAUGAUUCGGACGAUGAGCCAGUGGACAUUGUUGGGGACAAUGACGAGAAUACUCUGACCAUAGGCCAACAGCCGAACAUCGAUGCAACCUUUCAGAGUCAAGGAUUGCAUGAUGCAACCGCUUUAACGGAAGAUUGGCCAAAAAGUAAGGAGGAAGUUGUGUUAAGCGUAAAAGAUUACCGCAUCCGGCGUGGAGUUGAGUAUAGGGUGAUGGAGUCAGAUCAUCUUAAAUACCAUGGGAGAUGCAAGGAGUUCGGUAAAAGUUGCACGUGGAUGAUUCAUAUCACCCUCCGGCAAAAGAAGAGCACUUGGGAGGUAAGGAGGUACAACGGACCGCACACGUGCUUGGCCACAUCGAUCUCAAGCGAUCACAGGCAGCUUGAUUAUAUCUUUCCGUUGGUUAGAGCCGAUGCGGCAGUUACGAUAAAGGUGUUGCAGCAAGCUACUGAAGCAGCCUAUAGAUUCAAGCCUAGCUACAGGAAUGUUUGGAUGGCGAAGCAGAAGGCAGUAGCACAGAUCUACGAUGACUGGGAGGAGCAGAAGGCAGUAGCACAGAUUUACGGUGACUGGGAGGAGCCCUACGGCGAGUUGCCCGGUUGGAUCCUUGGGGUGACGUCCACCAUGGAAGGUACCAUUAUUCUGUUGAAAACCUCUCCAGUUAGAGUUGGUGAUCAGGUUGAUGUAUCAACCGUCUACUUUCAUAGUCUUUUCUGGACAUUUCUUCCCUGUAUUGAGGCUUUUGACACUGCAAGCCACUAG